ACGCGCUCAGCUAUGACUCAAGCUCACAUUAAAACGUUAGGUUAUGUUUAUAUGUUUCCAUUUGUUUACCUAUGUGUAUGGCUUUGUUAAGAAAAAUUAAUAUAACUGUUUGCUCCGUUUGUCAUUAAUUUACAUGCUUUAAAUUGCUCCAGUUUACCUAAUUCAUCAAUUGCCACAACUCCAUUAGCAUUAUGAGAGUGAAGAUGGAACUGCAAGAGUGCCUUAGGGACUCACCCAAAUUUAGGGCUCUGUUGGAUCAGGAAGAGCAAAACAUCGAUCAGUUAGAACAGCGACUGGAAAAAGCUCUAAAGAUAUGCUCUAGUAUGGUCGAGGCUGGCAAAACUUAUGUUGGACAACAAAGUUUGUUUGCCAAUAGUCUGUGGGACUUAAGUGUCCAAUUUAAAGAAGAUCCAGAUGUGUUAAGUGCCCUAAACAAACUAAUACAUAGUCUACAGGAAAUGAAUAAAUUUCAUACGACCUUAUUGGAUCAAGUGUCAAGGAUUUUUCUUAAAAAUAUAUCUGGUUUUAUAAAAAAAGACAUUAAGGCUGUAAGAGACUAUAAGCAUCACUUUGACAAAAUAUCAGGCGAAUAUGACAAUAUCCUUCUUAGAAACUCCCAUGUGCCACGAAGUAAAACUCAAGAAGUUGAGGAAGUGCAGAACAUUUUAAUCGCUAUCAAAUCUUGUUUUGGCCAUCUGGCUCUAAACUACGUAAAUGGAAUUUAUGUUUUGCAGAGUAAGAAACGACAUGAAAUUUUAAGCACGCUGUUGUCCUAUAUGCAUGCUUGUACUGUAUAUUAUCAUGAAGGUGGAGAUUUGUGUCACGAUCUACAACCAUUUUUUAAAUCUUUGGCAAAUGAGAUAGCAAAUAUGCGGGAUGAGACACACGAUAUCGAAAAAGACGUGGAAAACUCUCAUGCUUUAGUGUCAAUACCGGAAAUCACCUCCGCUAUCGGCAAUGGUGAUAGCAAAUCUCCAAAAUUGGAGGGAUACCUUUUCAAAAGAACAUCCAAUGCUUUUAAGACUUGGAAUCGUAGAUGGUUUUACUUGUUUGACAAUAAAUUAGUAUACAGACGUAGAUCUGGAGAAGAACGUGACACUGUUAUGGAGGACGAUCUUAGAAUUUGCACCGUUAAACCUUUUAAUGAAGGCGAGCGGAGAUUUUGCUUCGAAGUUGUCUCUCCUUCUAAAAGUCAUAUUUUGCAAGCUGAUUCAGAAGAAAUGUAUCACUUAUGGAUCGAGGCUCUCCAAAAAGGCAUUGGGGCUGCAAUUCAACGUGUACAAAGUAUGGAAUCUCCAGGCGAUAAACGUGCGGAACUAACGGGCCAUAUGAAUAGCGCUGCGGGUGUAUCGGGGCUCAAUAAUAAUAACAAUACUAGCAAAGCGCAAAAACUAAGGAUGAUGGAGCACAUUUUAAAAAUUCCGGGAAACAAUUCUUGUGCCGAUUGUAAAUGUCCAAACCCUAAAUGGGCAAGCAUCAAUUUAGGGAUUUUAUUAUGCAUCGAGUGUUCGGGAGUACAUAGAAGUCUAGGAGUGCACUAUAGCAAAGUGCGGUCACUAACUCUAGAUGACUGGGAACCAGAAGUUAUCAAAGUGAUGGCAGAGCUGGGUAAUAAUGUGGUUAAUCGAAUUUAUGAGGCGAAAGUCCCUGAUGGUGUCAAAAGGGCUUCGGAACAUUGUACGGGAACAAUUCGGGAAGAAUGGAUUAGGACUAAGUACGUUGAGAAGAAGUUCGUAAAGAAUAUAUCUGAUUUCAAAGAUGAACUCUCCAACCAGACAACAGCUGAGAUAGAUAAAGCUAGCACUCUGGAGGUGCGUAAAUGGGGAGUGAAGAAAUUCCGUAGAAUGUCAACCACUGCGAAUGCAAAGGAUAUUUCAAAAAAGAAGAAAUCAUGCGGAGAACCCUUGCCUGAUGUAGUUGAAAAUGAUGAUGGAAACAACGCAGACACUAGCGAGCAGAGUAACCCAGCUCCAAGUGAAGUUUGGCUGUUUGGCAACGACUUAGAUGUAACGCCUUCCAAUGAUAUUAUCGACACUAACAGCGAUGAGGAAAGCACCGAAGGCGACGAAGCGGCUUACGUUGGGGAAGAAGAUAUAUUGAAUCUACACUCAAACUUGCUGCUUUACAAGGCGUCGGCAGCCCAUAAUCUGCCUGUGAUGUGUCAAGCGUUGGCUUUGGGAGCUGAAAAGAAUUGGGCGAAUCCCAAUGAUAAGAACAGGCAUCCACUACAUGCCGCUGUAUUAAGCGGCUCUGUCAUGGCUUGCGCCUACUUGUUGCUUAAUGGUGCAAAAAUAAACAUUCAAGAUCAGAACGGUCGGACUCCGUUGCAUUUAGCUACUAGGGAGGGUCAUACUGCUCAAGUAUGCCUCUUUUUAAAAUACCGAGCUGACCAGCAUCUGGAAGACGAAGAAGGUAAAGUGCCUUUAUCUAUGGCCGAGCAGAAAGAACAUGCUGACAUAGUCACUCUACUUCGGCUCGGACGGCUUAAUGAAGAGAUGAAAGAUACUGAAUCUGGGGUAUCUGGCGAUGAUACGUUCAAUGAUGUAGUGCGCGAUUUUUCAAGGCUCGCCUAUUCAAAUCCUGAGAAGCUACAAAGAAACAACGACUAGCCAUUUAAGGUGCCUGAUAUUGUUCACUGUACUCUGGUUUUAUUACAUUUGAAUAUUUCUCAUACGUCAUGGGCAGGAGCGCAAACCUAAUUAAAGAUCACUUCUAAAACCCAAAAUAAUGUUAAACGAUAUCAGUUAAGUCCGAAAAUGCGUUAAAAUACUGGGUGUUCCAUGUCGGCACAAUGAAAAUUAUUAAUUUGCAAAUGACUCAGAAUCAACACUUCGGUUAUAUUCAAGUAUAUAUCAGUGUUUUUAAGUAGGAAUUUUAUCAAAGUUACGCGUAAAUCGAUAAAGUACACAAAUAAAGUGUCUAAUUAC